AGUACAGCUACGCUAGUCGAGGACGGCAGGAUAGUCGUCUCUUUGGACUUGCAUAAGAAGCUUCCCGAUCUUCCCGACGAUUAUGCGCUUGAAGUCAAAGAAUUUGCCGUGGAUACAGAGGCAUGGAAGACCCGUGAUGUGCCCAGGUUAAGCAUCGUCAUCAUGAUUGUAGGCAGUCGCGGGGAUGUCCAGCCUUACGUGGCUCUUGGGAAGCGACUCGUCCAAGACGGCCAUCGCGUACGGAUAGCGACUCAUGAGACCUUUCGGAAAUUCGUUCGUUCAGCGGGCCUAGAGUUUUUCAACAUCGGUGGCGACCCACAACAGCUUAUGAGUUACAUGGUCAAGAAUCCUGGCCUGAUUCCCGGUAUCGAAUCUUUGACCAACGGAGAUAUCGGUCGCAAACGCGAUAUGUUGAGAGAAAUGAUAAACGGCUGCUGGCAAGCGUGCUAUGAGCCGGAUGACGAAACUGGCGAAGCUUUUUCUGCCGAUGCCAUCAUAUCGAACCCGCCAGCCUUCGGGCACAUCCAUUGCGCGGAGGCUUUGGGAAUACCUUUACUGCUUUCUUUCACCAUGCCCUGGAGUCCGACGAGUUCCUUCCCACAUCCUCUUGUGAAUAUCAAGGCGUCCAAUGCAGAGCGCGGCCUAACGAACUACCUGAGCUACGCAAUGGCCGAACUACUGACUUGGCAAGGAAUAGGUGAUAUAGUAAAUUCCUUCCGAGUAAAGGCCUUAGGCCUGAGGCCCCUCUCGCUGAGAUCAGGUCCUGGGAUGGCGGACAGAUUGAAAGUGCCGUUUACAUACUGCCUCAGUCCUUCCUUGGUCCCGAAACCCAGAGACUGGAAGAGCCACAUUGACAUCGUAGGAUUUUAUUUCAUGCCUUCCGACACGCAAUAUCGACCUCCUUCUGAUCUGCUUCAAUUCUUGGACGCCGGGCCGCCGCCCGUGUAUAUAGGGUUUGGCUCGGUCGUGGUGGACGAUCCGGAAGGAAUGUCCAAUAUCAUAGUUCAAGCUGUACAGAAGGCAGGGGUCCGGGCUAUAUUAUUCGCGGGCUGGGGAGGACUAGGGGGUCUCUCCAGUUCUCCUAAUAUCCUCAUUUUGGGGAAGGAAAGUAACGUGCCGCAUGAUUGGCUCUUUACCCGUGUAGCAGCGGUCGUCCAUCACGGCGGAGCUGGUACGACAGCGGCAGGUCUGGCGUGUGGUCGGCCGACCGUUGUUGUUCCAUUUUUCGGGGACCAAUUAUUCUGGGGGUUGAUGGUGAACCGUGCCGGCGCCGGCCCCCCGCCUAUACCGCAGAAGGAACUGUCUGUGCAAAACUUGACAUCCGCAAUCCGUUAUGCAAUGACCCCUGCGGCCACGCAAGCUGCAAAGCGACUUGGAGACCAGAUAGGCACUGAAAGCGGUGUGGAAAGAGGGGUGGAAUCAUUUUAUCGCCACCUACCUCUGUUGAAUAUGCGCUGCGAUUUGGUCCCGUCCGAGUUAGCCGUAUGGUGGUCCACAAAAUAUUGCUUACGAUUGAGUGCCCUCGCCGCUCAAGUCUUGGUAGAUGCAAAGCUGCUAAGCUACGAUAAACUAGACACGCAUAGACCGAAAGAAUACGCAAGCCAGGCGGAUAUAUCGGAUCCUGUGACGGGAGGAGCGAGUGCGAUAUUCUGGACAAUCACGAACUAUUACACAGGGAUAGCAAAGAUCUUCUACUCUCCUGUCAAUGGAGUUAUCAAGACAACGACAGCCAUUCCCAAAGGGAUUGCAGAUAUCCUGUUCUCAGUACAAGAAGGAUUCAGCAAUCUACCGAAACUAUAUGGAUCUGAAGUUAGGGCGCCGGGUAAAGUGACCAACUUCAAAAGUGGUCUGAAAGAGGGAGGCAAGGGCCUCUUCUAUGGCUAUUACGAUGGAAUUACCGGCCUUGUCCGAGAACCUCUAGAGGGGGCGAAGAAAGAGGGCGUGGUCGGUGCCAUCAAAGGCUCCGCGAGAAGUUUCGUGAAUGUUACCAUGCGACCCGCGGCGGGCGCCCUUGGAUUGGUUACGCACCCCCUGAAUGGUGCAUGGAAGAGCUUACAAGGCUCCUGGGCGCGGAAACAAGACAAACAGCAGGAGACAACCCGCAUGGCCCAAGGACUGGCUGCAGUACGCAGCUGCAGUAUCGAGCAGCGCAGGCACAUCCUGGGCAGGUUUGUGGAGGCAAGAAAGACUACGGCGGAACGUCGCAAGAAAUAUGAAGCUGAAGCAAGGGAGACGUUAUGUCACGAAUCUCAACCCAAAGCAAAUGACUCUGGACCGUCUAAGGUACCGGAACGUACAUCUGCCCAAUCAAGUCAAGGUAGUGUGGACGAGCUGGACGCUCAGUUCGAAAGAGACCUGGAGAUGGCCAAGCAGCUGUCGUUGGCAGAAUCGAGCAGUAGUUGAAGACAGGGACGAGCUCUACGACGAUGUCAUACAUAAACGAAAGGACCUAGCAUCAGUUAUAUCACAUAUUACCCGUCCACAUCCACGUCCAUUGGAGUUCCUGUUGUCCCUGUACCUGCUGUACCUG